UCGAAUGGUUACAAAAGGCAAAAUAUAUUUAAAUUUCGGUUACUCAACAUGAACGAAACGAAACCACAAUAUUCAAAUGAAAUUCUUUGAAACAUUAUGGUUUACGCUUUAACAAUGAUGAAUUCAGGAAGCACAAAGUCCACUACAUCUUUUCGUUUCACGCCAGAAUGCCACACGGAACAUCUGCUCGAAUCCAUACAAGAAAUGCGUGCCCAGAAUAUUUUGGUCGAUGUUGUUUUGAUUGUGGAAGGAAGAGAGUUUCCAGCACACAGAAAUGUGUUGGCGGCCUCGUCCGAUUACUUCAAAGCAAUGUUUUCAUCCCCUUUUGCAGACAGCGAGACAAGCGUGAAGCUCGAAGGUUUAACAGCCAAAGCAAUAGAACUUAUUCUGGACUUUAUGUAUAUAGGAGAAAUUGAAAUAACUGAAGACAACCUUGAAGAAAUUCUGGUCGCUUCGAGGCUGUUGCUACUGGAGUCCGUUACGGUUGCUUGUUGUAAGUUCACGCAAGAUCGUAUCAACGUGAAUAAUUGCUGGGGUAUUCGCAACAUCGCUGAUAAGUACUCGUUAAAAAAUCUUUUUGGCAAGGUUCAUGCAUUCAUCGAGGACAAUUUUGCGGAAGCGAAGGGAUCGACCGAGUUUUUAACGCUCCCGUUUGAACUGAUGAAAGAGCUAAUGUCCGACGAUGAGCUCAAUAUCAGAGAAGACGAGCUUGUGUCUGCAGUUUUGAAGUGGGUUCAACACGACCUUGAGGGAAGAUACAAAUACUUAAAUGUUUUAUUCAAGCAUUUGAGAUUGGGAUAUAUUUCUGAAGAAUAUAUGAGGAAUUUGGUUGAGCACAAUCCCUUAGUUUCAGAUAAUCCCUUCCUUGUGGAUCUCAUGAAGGCUGCUCGCAACCACUCAGAUACUCUUAACGACCUUGUUAGUCAAGACGAGCUCGUUAAGAUGAGUACGCCUCGCAAGUGGCAAAGAAUUGUGCCUGUCCUGACAGCUGUGGGCGGAACACAGACCCUCUUCUACAAUACCGAGGAAAAGAUAUGGGUGUCCUUGGCACCGAUCACCACACGCCAUUGUCCCGGUCUUGCGAGUAUUGGAUCCCAGAUGUUCCUGGUGGGCGGAAGCCGCGAGUGGGUGCGUUUACCAGUUUGUGAAAGAUUCAGCCCAGAAGAAAACACUUGGGAAGACAUGGCACCUAUGCAUAUUGCACGUAGCAACAUGGGCUUGGUGCUGUUAGAGGGGUAUCUCUACUCUGUUGGGGGCUAUGAUGGAAACACUCCCUCUAGGUAUGUAGAGCGGUAUGAUCCCAAGACCAAUCAGUGGACUUUUAUGGCUUCGAUGAAUAACCUCAGAGAUGCAGCGUGUGUUGUGGCCGACAACAACAACAUAUUUACCAUAGCUGGGUUCGACGGAAAUUCAUAUCUUAACACAAUGGAUGUUUAUGACCCAGGCAAAAAUGUAUGGACUACUGAAGGCUAUAGCCCCAUCAAGAAUCUAAGACAAGAUGCUAUGUCGGCAUAUGUCGAGGGGAUGAUCUACAUUAUUGGUGGUUACCACAAUGACAACUGCAUGGCCUCUGGUGAAGUGUAUGAUAUUGAGGAAAAUGAAUGGACGACCAUUGCCUCUAUGUCCGUUGAACGAAACAAGGCGGGUUGUGCUGCGUUAAACCGGAAAAUCUACAUCUGCGGCGGCUGGGAAGGCAGCGGAAAUGUGUUGUCUUCUGUAGAGUUUUAUGACACAGAGACCGACUGUUGGACACUGUUGCCAUCAAUGCCGACACCCUCGAGCAAUGAGAGCAACAUUUCUGUAUUUCCCUCGCAAGCAAGUUGACAAGCUCACUGCUAAAUCCAAGGAAAAGAAACCAAAACAAAUUCAUGCACUGAUUACAAGUGCUUCAAACUGAUACUUAAUUCUCAGUAAAAAUAUGGUUUCUAGCACCAUACAUGUAGCCUGCAUAGCUGUUGGAUGGAUGCUAGACUAAAUGUCCUACACUCCACUUACUAAUAUAAAGACCUGCACCCCAAAACCACUAGCUAUUGAGGCUUCUGGUAGAAACAGAAAAUUCCAGACCCUAAAGUCAGGACAUCUUAGGUAAAUUUAAUUGUCAAGUUGGAAAAAUUAUUUUAGACUUGUUGGAGAAAAUAAUGAUAUCCUAUUGUAUAUAUUAAUAGGAACAAAUUGUUAUACUUAGAAAAUGUUGUACUUGUUAUACUUAUAGAAUGCAGUAAAUGAAUAUAUUAGCAGGAUUUUUUGUAAUAUGUCACUUAUGUAUGUGGCUAUUUGUAAAGAAGACAGGGAUGUAAUAUUA